AUCCCUAGUUCAAGCCUACUACCUCAUUCGCCUUAUCGACGAGGAACUUGUUAUCAAGAACUUGCUGUUUUUCUUAACAUACCCCGCAAAUAUAUGCACAAGCAUUCGCCCGACGCUUGUGUUUUUGAUAUGUUUUGACCGUGUAGAUGCGGUUUAUUCACCAGUUUUAUACCACAACAAUCGCCAUCGAAUAUCUUCAUUGGUUAUUUUGCCCUUUAUGAUUUUGUCUGCUGCUCUCGACCAACACAUUUGGUUCGGAUACUACGGGGAUGAUGGAGAUGUUCCUUUGGAAUGCGAUGAAUUCAGGUGCACUGUUAAUGAGUGUUACAUUAACUAUUGGCUAUCACACGAACAAGAAACUCAUUUCAUUAGCGCCGGAUUGACUUUGAUUAUAUUUUUCCGGCUUUUUAUUUAUGAUAGGUGUACAAAGUACCAGUCUAGCAAGGUUAUAACAAAAGCCACAAGAAUUGCGCUACCGGAUUCAAUCAUACUAAUAACUUUUAACAUAUUUCCGUCCUUCAUCUUCAAGGAAGUCCCAUCUAUAAGCUUCGAGACAGUUGGACCAUUAGUUGUCGUAUUUGAAACUGCGGAACUGCUCAUUGAAACAAUUAUCAUUUGCAAAUACCUCAUUAAUAAAAAAAAUCGCGCACACGGUUACUAUUGUACUUCUAUAGCUUCAGUUUGA